AAAUACCCGGUGCGCGAAGAAAAGCCGCGAUGAGCCAAGUAUGGCAAGUGGCAGCUCAAGGUGGGCUGGUGGUGCGAGAAGCUCCAGAGCUUCAGAGCAAAGAAUUUGACACAAAGCUGUCCUCUGAUGCCUUCGUGGAGGAGUUGGAAGUGACCAACGAGUGUCUUCAUUACCAGCUCCUUGCAGGCUCAGGUCCUGAAUGUGGUUGGGUGAACCUGAAACUUGACGAUCAGGAGCUGUUGCGCUGCAUCAUCAAAGCCCGGCAGGAAUCUUUGGAUGAAUGUCGGCCUCCCUUUUUCUGUGCCUGGUACUCUGGCGGCUUUUCCCCCAAGGACGGCGAGAAGUUGUUGGCACCUUUGAUUGAAGCAGUCCGGGAUGUAGGUCUAAAGGAUGCGGCCAUUUUUCACUUCCCUGAUGCUUAUGGGAUGACCGAUGAAGGCCGUGAGCCCUGGGCCAGCUACAUUGACCUGCUCAUUGAAGAGAUCGACAAGAUCACAGGCAGCAGCCGCCCCUUGAUCCUCUUCGGCCACAGCCGCGGCGCGGCGCCGGCGACCUGUGUGGCCUACCGGCAGCCGGAACGAGUGCGCAAGGUCUACAUCGCAGCCUGUGGCGCCAUGCAGUUGGGGGAAGCCACUGGCUGGGAACUUCUGAGUCAUAGCUUCAAGCAAGGAGGCGACCGGGAGCUUCUGAAGUGGUUCUCAAGCUUGCAGCCACAGAACAUUCUGCUCCACCGCACAGCGCAUGAAACUUCCGAUGCCGAAUUUGAGGAACAGGUGCAGUCCAGCAAGUUCCUAUCAGAUAUGCUUCAGCUCAUGCGCUGCCAGUACCGUGACGCCAUGUAUCCGGAUCCCGCGCGGGACUUCGGCGAAAUGGAGGUGUCCAUCAUGGCUUUCAGCCCUUUGCUGGAUCCAUCCUGCCAACCCGAGCACUGCAAGGACUGGGGAAGGCUGACCAACGAUUUCCAGCUACAGACGGUGAAUGCGGGCCACAUGGAUUGCCUGCAAGUUCAAGCUGUUCCAAUUCUGUGGGAUGGUGUGAAGUUGGAACCGCAUUGCCCCUUUUUGUCAGAGGGCGUGGAAAUGCAUCGAACUUUGCAGAACUUUGCACAGGUUCAAGCAAAGCAGCGGGGGGAAGGCGUUUGCGAGCUCUUCGCAAGGAUCUGCAAGGACUUGCUGCAGUUUCUCUGAGGCUUCACGAGGCUGAACCUUCCGGGAAAA